AUUCCCAGCGUUUACAUUUCUUUCGGUCUAUUUACAUUCUAUAAAUAAACCACUCUAUCCGAUUCCUCUCGCGCCAGCAUGAAAAUUACAACCGGCCAAGAAGUCUCGCGAUCUGAACCCUAUCGAUGCAACGCUCGAAUUCGGUACUUGUCAGACGCUUAAAGACGCUUAAUGACGCUUAAAGACAAGAUACUCGUAAAAUUGUAGCAACUGUAAAAAAUCGUAAAAACAUAUCGUCUCGGCAGGGAGUUGAAAUAUUCGCGAUACACAGUAUUCUUUCGAGAAUGUACAUUCACAACGCGACCUUCGCUAUCAGCCUUUUCCCAAGACCUUUUACGAGGCGCUAAUCGCACCGCGCGCCGACGCCGCGUCUCUCUAAGGUUAGGAACCCCUCGCGAAACCGUCGGCCUUCGUAAUUUUUCGACGGUCCCCGUCGCGAAAGGUGGGGCCCUGCCCUACGCUCGUGUUUUUCUCCGGGGCCGCAAGGGAAAAGAUCGACGUCCGGCCUCCUCGGUAGGAAGAAACACGAUCGGAAAAGAAAUAAGACCGCUAGGAAGGGGAGUACCCGUACCCCGGGUUAAAAAUAGCAGAGAGACGCGUUUCCAAAUAAAAACUAAUAAGCGGCCUGUAGAAUAACGAUUAAGCCGGGGAGAGUAAUAAAAAAGGGGGAGAGAAAGACGGACAGCGAGAGGGUAUGCGCGCGCUGCCUGCGUGUGCGUGCAUGCGCGGACCCCGGAGGUGGGGGGAUUACAGCCGAGCGUAGAGGUUAGGGUACGCGGCGGGAAGGAGAAACGAGAUAUCGAGAGGCGGCUGGCGGCGUCGAUCGGAGGAAGACGCCGGCCGAGACGUAACAAAAUAACAUGGUUCCCCGUGGCAAGCAGGGAUGAGCAAAAAACGAUCGAGACUAUACGGGGAGGCAGAGAGAGAGACAGGUAGACCCAAGCGAGCCUGGCCGGGUAUCUUGGCCCAGUGAAAUAAUAUAUCGACUAUAAUGGCCGGUGCUGCGUGCUCGCUCGGAUAAAGAUUCCGAGGCGCCUCAAAUUACCAGCGGGACGAGCUGCUCCUCGGCUACCGUGUCUCGAGACUUAACCCUUUGCACUCGACCAUUCCACACCAGGAAUAUUCGAAUGAAUCGUGGAACGCCGCCAUUUUAUCCCAUCGUCUCGCACCGAUGCGUUGCGCAAGAUUUUCCAAACCACUUGUCCUGCUGGUAAUCGGCGUAGAAGAAUUUCGGUGUUUGACUUGUACGCGUUAACCUUUUGAGGAUGGACGUCGUCGUUUAUGGAGAUCGAGCUUUGAUAUUUGUUCCUCUGCUGAGGAUUUUGAAUACUUCGGCAAGUCUACGUCCACACGGGUUAAUCCCUUCCUAUGAUGCCUUCCUCGACUACGAUGCAACCAUUUUCCCAUUAAUAAUUCAUCCAAGGAAAAGAAUUCCAUCUUUUAUGUUUGCAAACGUAAUGCUCAUGCUUGUUAACGCUAAAGGUACCCGCAAUUUAUAUACACCUAUCCCUAACUGUAACCGGUCAAAUAAUUAGUCGUAAAAAGGGGGAAAAAAAUUAAACGGUAACUUUAAGGAAAUACAAACAUUGAGAAACUGUUUGAUUCAAUUUUGAUCGAAAAUGCAGAAUUUUUAAUGAAACUUUAAAACUGAUCAUUUGACCGGUCUUGGUACGCUUAGUGUUAAAUUCUAUUUGAAAUCUCCACGACUCACUUUGUUGCAAGGCAAGGGGUUAAAUAUAUUAACGAAUCCAACGCCGACCGAGAGUCAUCUCUCGAGUGCAAAGGGUUAAUCCCAGUUUCGGUACGCGAUCGGUAGGCACUCCCUGAGCCAAUUAUUCGCUCGGCUAAUCAGAUCGCCGUUCCGUUUCCUUUUCUCUUCUUUCCCCCUUUUUGCCUCUUCAUCCUCUUCUUCUCCUUCUUCUUUUGCUGCUGCUUCUUCUUCUUCUUUUGCUUCUUCUUCUUCUUCUUGGUCUUCUUCGUCUUCUUCUUCUUCUUCUUCUUCUUCUUCUCGUUUCAUUUCUUUUUCAGCUGCAAAGUAAAUGUAUUGUGACGGAACGACCACUUUGCGGUACACGUUGGAUACAACGGCGCUGGUUCGUCGGUUGUGUCACACGAUCGCCUGGAAUUCACGGCGCAGUGAAAACUCGAGCGAUUUCCACGAAAAUGCUGCUCGCCGUGGAUGCCUGGCACAAGGGGGCACGAGCAGUCCCGCUGUUCCAGAGUUUAACCCCGUUGCUCUGGGGCUCGCGACCAAUUCGACAGCUGAUUGUCGAGGAUGACGCAGCCUUGACACUGGAACCAGCGACGACAGGCGGUCGGUUUUAUUUAGAAUCUCUCAUGGGAAACGCUGGAACACGGGUUUCAAGAUUUCAGGAUGUUGGGUUAAUACGAAAGUUGUUUUUCUUCGGAAGAAAUGAAAAGGAGAGAUUUUCGAGUAUCGCAUCAGUUGCUAUUGUAUAAAUAUUGUAAAAAUGCUGGAAUUCCUACAGGAAACGCAAUGUUCGCGUCAACCCAAUAGUUCUAAUCUGCAUAGGUGCAUCGAUUAGUCGCACUUUGCUUGGAACAUGUUUCACUUGUAAUUGCAACAGGACAAAUUACGAAAGAAAUAUUUUCUUCGAGGUUUGAGUCGCUCAGAAGCCAACGCGGUUAAGUUCAGAAAAGAAGAAUUGAGAAGAUUAAUGUUUCGGCUUCCGAAACGAUUAUACAACAUAUUCAGAUUGUAGCAUUAGUCACAGAUCAUUGAGUCGUCGAUUAAAUUCAAAUUCAAGUAGUUAACGAUCUCAAAAAAACCACGACAAUUUGAAUCGCCGUGAGGCGAAGAAUCUGCGACGUCCACUGGUUCUAGCGUCGAGGAUGAUAGCUACGGAAGAGGUUGCGAGUGGCGUUGGAGCUGUUGAGCGAGGAUCGAGGGGAUCUACGAGUUUCGGCGCAGCCUGGCCAUCGGCGGAACCAGAAACUACUGAAAAUUCGUCUGAAGCCGACGGUUCAACGAGAAAAUCCGUGGAAUAAAUCCUGGAAACUGAAUCAGAGAUUGGAAAGAAUUACGAAGGAUCAAAUUGAAAUUGGAUAGAAGUUAGAUUAUCUCGGUUCUUCAUAAUUGUUUCACUUUGAACCGUGUAUAACAGCUUCGUUAUUUUUCAAAGCUUCUCGAUCCCUGAAGAAAAUCAUGAUUAUAAUCCGUUUCUUUGGAACGCGACACUGUGUUACACAAAGGAACGGAGCCACGAGAGCGCACGGUUUCCUGUGCGCGUAUCGCACGGUCCAGUCUUAUGUAAACACGUACUGUUUUACCUAACGGUAUAAGAGAGUCCCGAUUCGAAGCGAUUCCGAUAUCAAACUUGGCCUCUAACGUAGGAAUCUUGAUGAAGAUGAUCCAGCGACAUCCUCGAAGGACCUUCCAUCCUCCAAAAUCAUUUCAACUCUGAAAUGUCCAUUCGGCGGGGGAUUUACGGAGAAACCGAAAGGAAAGGAAAGGAAAGGAAAGGAAAGGAAAGGAAAGGAAAGGAAAGGAAAGGAAAGGAAAGGAAAGGAAAGGGAAAGAAAGAUCGGUGGACACGAGGCGACACGACAGCGCGUAGAAUCGCCGUGAGCAGAGGAUUCACGGAGAAUCGGUACCGCAGGCGGGUGAGCGAGCGAGCGAGCGAGCGAGCGAGCGAAGACGCCACCGAUUUAUGAUGCCGCGGCGAUAUGCUCACCAUUUUGGUUUCGUUGAGGCCUCCGGGCAACCUUCGAGUGGUGUCCCUCCGCCUCCAGCUCGAGUUGGACUGAAAGAAAAGGAAGAGGGAAAGGAACAAGUUCUUCGGCGGCCGUGCACAGUCUAGUUCAAGACUCGCGAUGAUAGUGAACGUCCUCCCAUGAAGAUUCCUCUGCUGCACGGCCGCCCUUCUCUGUCCGAGCCAGAAACUAGUGUCACCCAGUGUCGUGGACCGGACGACGCGGCGUUCGCACGGGUCGCGGAACCUUUGCAGAUCAACUCGUUCGAGCGUUCCCCGUCGAAAUCUGCCCAGCACGAUGAGAGGAAAAAGCGAGAAAACGAAAUUGGUUCCGCCGGACGGAGGAUGGGGAUGGGUCGUCUUGACGUCCGCCCUGGUCGUUAACUUCCUCAUUCCGGGAACAGUCAAGUCGUUCGGCGUCCUUUUCGUCGAGUUUCUUCACGUGUUCAAAGCGUCGUCCACCGCAGCCUCAUGGAUGCCAGCGUUGUGUUACUUCUUGUACAAUUCGUUAGGUCCCUUAUCCAGUAUACUGUCGACGAGGUAUUCCUAUAAGACGGUGACCAUCAUCGGAGGCGCGUUCGCGGCUUGCGGGAUGAUGUCCAGCUACUUCGCCAACUCCGUAUCUUAUUUAUACGUUAGCUAUGGCUUGAUGGUGGGUAUCGGUGCUGGGCUGACGUUCCCGCCAACAGUGUACAUCGUGACCGCGUACUUUGAGAAGCUGAGGGGAUUCGCUAACGGCCUGUGCAUCUCUGGCAGUGCGAUAGGGACCAUCGUGUUGCCACCGUUUCUGCAAUACCUGCUCGACUGUUUUGGAUACAGGGGUGCUGUGCUGAUAAUGGGCGCGAUCACGUUGAACACGCUGGUCUGCGGCCUGCUGUACCAUCCGGUGGAGGAACACAUGAUCGCUGUGCCGGUGGACGAGGGAAUCGACAACGACGCGUUGUCCAUUGACGAGCCGGCCCUUGAUAAAAAGAAAGAGACAGUGUCCACUGUCGACAACGAGACUCUGUCGGGCAACGACAACAGGCUGACGAAGGAGGAACAGCUGCAGGAUGAAAGUUGCCAAGCGAUCUGUGAUCCGAAGGAACACCAGUGUUCCGAGUACAGAAGCGAGAGCCUACUGCCGGAGAAAGAACAGGAGAUGGAGAAGGAAAGUACUUUUGACGUGAGUAAUGAAAGUUUCAACAAGGAGAAGGAGAAAGAGAAAGAGAAUUACGAAAACGCGAGUGUGCUGAGACUGGGCAGCGACACGCUGGGAACCAACGGAACGGACAACAAGAAUUGUUGUUCGGAGUUGAACAACUACUCGCUGAGCAGGAGCAAAGACGAGAAGAUCCUUGAAAGCUUGAAGAGGAACCCGAGCGAAUUGUCCGAGAAAUCGGUGUCGAAGACGUCGUUGUCCAAGGUAGAGGAACCAGAUAAAUCACAUUUCUUUGACUUAAGCGUACUGAAGGAUCCAAUCUAUCUAGUAAUUCUAAUCUCGAAUUCUACCUCAGCGAUCAGCAAUACCAAUUUUAUGAUCCUACUGCCUUCUUAUGCGAUUUCACAAGGCUUCGAUAAGAAUUCUUCCGCUUUAUUGCUGUCGGUGGUCUCCGCCCUCGACUUGGUCGGGAGAAUCAGUGGUGCUUCGUUGUCGGAUAUCGAUUUUGUACCAAAGUAUUACUACUUUGUCGGUGGACUCGGUACCAGCGGCCUGGCUUUAGCGCUGUUACCUAUGGCAACCAGUUACGCGAUGCUUUCGUUCUUCUGCGCAUUGUUUGGAUUGUCCUCCGGUAUGUAUAUCGGUAUCACAACGGUCAUUCUAGCAGAUAUGCUCGGCACGGAGAAACUUAGCUCGUCGUACGGCAUAUCGUUAUUUGUUAACGGAGUCCUCCAGUUGGUCGGGCCACCAGCUUGCGGCGCGAUAUUCGAAGCUGUAGGAUCGUACAAGCCGAUUUUUCUGGCUUUCGGUAUUAUACUGAUCCUCGGUACUGCAUUAUGGGCGGUUGUACCACUUAUAAAUAGAAAUAACAAAAAGGAUAUACAAUCCGUAUAACAAUAUAAUGCUAUUAUAUAUAUAUAUAU